AUGUACUCCGCCCAGCAAGGCGGCGCUGAUAACGCGACGAUCAAUCCCGCCGCUCUCAACUCACCCGGUAUCUCUCACCCGCCACUGCGCAACCUUAAGCGCAGCCACUCUCCGGACCUCUACGACACGCCGCAACCCGGCAAUGACGGUGAUUCUAGGCCGCUUCGGAAACGAGGAAGACCGAUGAAGUCGAGAACAUCAGGGAGCAUUUCCGAGGCUCCCGGACAGGCUCCGGCCUCGCUCCCCCAGGCGAUUCCCCCGCCGCAGACACCUCAGUCUCAGAACACAACAUUGCCGCAAGCCAGUCCCGCGUACACACCCGCUCCGACUCAGAUGCCCCCCAAGACCACUCCGACGAAGUCGACACUUAAGGCACUACCUACCGUUCGAGAUCAUACGACCGACCAGCUUAAUGCGACCGGCGAUGAAUAUCUCCCGCGCGAGAUCGACGAAUUUGGAGAGAAGAAGGUGCAGCCCAAUGGCACACUAAAUGGAGGUCGGGAGUACAAGUGCCGGACGUUCUUGGUCCCUAACAGAGGGGAUAAGCUAUUCAUGCUUGCCACCGAGUGCGCAAGGGUUUUGGGCUACCGAGACUCGUACCUCUUGUUCAACAAGAACAGGUCCCUCUUCAAGAUGAUUGCAACCCAGGCCGAAAAGGAUGAUCUGGUCCAACAGGAGAUUCUUCCGUUCUCGUAUCGCUCGAGACAAAUCGCCAUUGUCACUGCCAGGUCCAUGUUCCGACAGUUUGGAAGCCGUGUUAUUCGCGACGGUCGAAGAGUUCGGGAUGACUAUUGGGAAACCAAGGCCCGGAAACAAGGCUUCACCGAGGCUGACCUUGCUGGAGAGAAGCGUCCCGGCGCAACCAAGGCCAGAGAGGCGGCUGAGGCCCAGAACAACGUCCUGCUGGCUGGCCCGCACCCAGAGAUCGUGUACAGCAAUAAUCCUGGACCCUUCCCCGGCCCCCCGCAGCCGCACCUCGUCCAACCAGGAUCAGAACUGAACGAUUCACGGCCACGCGAUUACUCGGGAAUCCUCAAAGGCGGACCUCGACAGGAGAUCACCGGCCCUGCUUACCAAGACCAGACCCGUCCCUCGCCUCUCGGAGAGCUCAACGCCCAGGCUCACCAUGCCGCCGACUUCAGCCGGUCAGUUAACCAGCAGCGGGAUAUGCGCAACGAAUACCUUACAGGGAUGUGGCGACGAUCCCAUGAACAACCGUCUUCGAACCUGACCCAGCAGCCCGUGGCCUCGGCCGACACGACUUCGGUUGCUACCAGUAGGCCGUCGCAUUCACCGCAUACCACAGCGACGGCCAUCUCCCAGCAGCCUGGAAUGGUUUCUACGCAGAGCCCACAGAUGAUGAUGACCACGGCGCCGUAUUCUCAAUCAAUCAGCGCCCAGAGCAACCUAACUCAGGCGCCCAUGAGAGGUAUGGCCCACUCUCCAACGCAGUCGAGCGCAAGGCCAACACCUACUCUCCCAGGUUCGACCAGCUCUCUGUCGCAGGGAACGCCCAGCUACAACUACCAGUCGGGCCAGAGCAUGUGGCCGCAGGCUCAGGCGCAGCAACACACGUAUGGCAGUUACACGGCACAGUCGCAAGCGCCCCAUCCAUCGCAGUCGCCUGCGUCACAUCUGCGCCAGCCAAGCUCGGGACAGAUGCAGACCAAUAUGCAGUUCCCCGGUAUGGCAAGCAUGCAGUACGGUGCGGGUCAGAGCAUGUACCCAACAGAUCAGACGCCUCGGCAAUACAUGCCCCAGGGUGGAGCCGGAGGGCCGGCGGUCACUCAGGGCUGGUCUGGUCAGCAUUCGCCGGCGCAGCAGCAGCAGCAGUGGUGGACUCCUGGACAGCAGCCACAAUAAGGGCUGUGACGACAUGUGCUGACGCGACAUGACGGAAUGAUUUGACAUACGAUGACCUACCUACUCCUGGUUUCACUAGGAGAUUCGACUUAAUUGGUGCGGUGCUGUAUUGUGUCGGAUUCUUAUUUUUUUGGAUAUAUGUUUUAUGGAGAGACUUCUAUCCUCUCUUCGGUCUGAACUCCUUCAGUAUUCCUGGACAACCACGCAUACACCACGGUGGAGAGGCUAUGUGCUUUUGUGGGCUGAUUUGGCUCGAUGAAUUGCAAAUAGCGAUUGGGCUGGGUGGGAUAGAGGAGUCGGAGGAAUCAGGAACUGAACACGGCAUUCCUAUCUUGUUAUUCUUGGGCGGUUUGGUUUGGUUGGAUUGGAUUGGAUGCAGAAGGGCUGGGGUACAUGCAUGGCUCGUAACACAUUUUGUCCUUCCCGCUGAUGGGGUCUUGGGAUACUCAUGGGUUUCAUAUUUUGAUCUUGUUUGGAGGCAUUUUCGGGUUUUUCCUGUUUGGAAAGUCAGUUUGUUUUGUUUGGAUUCCAUGCGUCUUGUCUUGUCUUGUCUUUUUGGACGAGGGAGGUUCUAUCGGCGGUUCGCUUGUGCGUCCCUAGGAGCCGUUUGCUGCGUUGGCAAGGCAGACUUUUAUCGGGCUUUCAUUUUGAUACCACGUCACCUCUUCGAUUCGUUCUUCCCAACACCAUUUUUAUCUAUUUCUUCUUCUUCUUCUUCUUCUUCUUCUUCUUCUUCUUCUUCUGCAGACACGCAUUGUUUAUUCUUGUUGAGCGGACGCGACGAGCAGUCACCUGGGCAGACCAUGCAGUGUUGCAUCUAGGAGGAUUCAGGGCUUGAGGCAGGUUUUCGGCCUGGGUUUGAUGCGGCGCGUGGUGAUGGUGUUGUUGCUGCUGUCCUUUGGCUGCGUGUCUGUCUGGGCUUGUUUGCCGAGUUUUGAUGUUGUCGAUUAAGUUCUCUUCUUCUCGCUUGGGGGAGGUUUCUACUCGUGUAACUUUUGCUGCCUGGACGGGAGCAUAUAUCUUUGUCACCCCGGUUAGUACAUCGCGAGUGCGGUCGGCAUUGGGCGGGUCGUUGGAUCUGGCAAUGAGAAUUGAUUUAUUUUGAUCUUGUGCAA